ACCGCAAAGAUAGAUACUUAGUCGCUACCGCAAACAUAGAGACUGUCGCUACCGCAGUUUUUCUUUUGUGAGACCUUAUCUUGUAAAGUGAACGACGCGGUGUCGUGCAAUGGGAAACAACAUUUACUUUGUUACAAAUGCAUGAGCAGAAGGUGAUUUCCACAUCAAACAAAUGAUAACCUGCAGAUCGAAAUAUCAUUCAGGAGGUGCAUAAUUAUCUAAAUCCGCUCAGCUGCAAUUUGACAUACUGUAUCGGCGUUUAAUAUUGCAUCGCGUUACUGUCUAAAGACUGGAUAAAGUGAAGACUUGCAGAUCAGACAGUUUUCUCCAAAUAAGGAGGAUGUCUCCGUUUCCAAGGCGGCCACUUGCUGUGUUUCUGACAUUAAGCUCCAUAUCAGCCAACGAAACUCGUUAGAUGUCAGUAAAGUUUAGCACAGAUUGGACAACGCUAUAAAGAGACACCUUCUCUGGAGACACGGGAGUAUUCGGUGUUGUUGGUGCGACGCAGUGCCGAGGACCAUCGCGACGAUGACAACACUACGAUAUCUGAUUGUUGCAAUAACAUUAACGGCUUUGUUGGGAGGUGUUCGUCCGGAUACAGAUGUCGGCUACAUCCAUGGUCACAGAAGCAAGAGAAGUGUCACCUGCAAGGAUAAGUUCAAACAAAUACCAAACCACUCGGCUUGCAGAACGAAGUCAAGCAAGGCAUCUCAUUCAGGAGUAUCCGCAGACGAGAAAAUGCAAAUAGUUGAUCUACACAACGGCUACAGGAACAACGUCACACCCCCCGCUUCAAACAUGCUCAAGUUGUCCUGGGAUGACCAGAUUGCAGAGAUAGCUCAACGCUGGGCAGACGUCUGCACCUUGAAUCACGACGAAAACCUACAGAGGUCAAUACCAGGUUCUAUGAACCUGGGUCAGAACCUUGCCACAAACCCCACGUCCUGGAAGCGUGCAGUGGACCUGUGGUAUGAAGAGGAGAAGGACUUCACAUAUGGAGGCCCAGGGAACGUCUUCGGAAACAUCGGACACUACACCCAGGUAGUUUGGGCUGACACCCAGAAGAUAGGAUGCGGGUAUACCAUGUGUGACUCGAGCAAAUUCUAUGUGUGCAACUACGGACCAGCUGGUAAUAUUGGAGGAUUCAAUCUUCCAUAUAAAAAAAAUGAUUCCGGCAUGGAGUGUGGCGACGAACAUUUACAAGACAGAUUGUGCAAUUGCAACAAAACAUGCCUAAACGCCGCCACGGUUCAACGAGCCAACUGUACAUGCACGUGCAAGCCGUAUCCUUUCUAUGUCGGAGAUGAGUGCCAACUUAAAUGUGAGGACAAGGAUCCUGCUGCAUGUGACGGUGCUGGGGCGUCUGACUGCCCUGCUUAUGCAACCACGUGUCCCAAUCUGUGCCAGGUGUGUCCAGCUGGAGGGAUAGACUACGUGGAAAAAAACAAACAAGAUCGUAUACGUCUUGACGUCAUACUGGCUGCCGCCAUGGUCGCGCUGAACCGGAUCGUGUUUAAUUACAUAUGAUUUGUUGCUUUUAGACUAUUUCUAAUUCUCAUAAACAUUCGAAAGCGCUUUGAGGCGAGGAUACGCUAUUAUCAGCGAGUUUUGUUUUGUAAAUACACACGCAGCACUGUCCAGGAAGUCACGAUAGUCCCGUUAUGUCGUCUUUGUAUGUUGACAUUUUUGUUCCAUCUUCAUCGGCUAAACUAACAUACACAUACUGCAAGGAGAUCCAGCACCUAUUCAGCUGUCUAUAGCUGCUGAUCUGUCCAUUCUCGUUAACUAAUAUGAUGGGCUAAUUUGCUACGUGUAAAAUUCGUGUUUUUGAAAAUUGUUCAAAUUAAAACCCUCUUUAUAGAUAGUUGCUUCAUUGGUGUGAUUUUAAUGACGUUUCAUCCACAUUUAGUAUAGGAAUGCCUUAGAGUACCUUGAAAUAAAUGUCUUAGCAUCAUUUGGAAGGGCUAUAUACGAGCUGGUACGCAGGAAAUGAACUGUGUAAUAGUAGAUAAGAUACAAGCAGUUGAAGUAUUAAAGAGUCAUCGCAGCAGUCUGCUUAUGGUUAAGCCAUAUUAUAUUUAUUGUACAGAAUCAUCACACAGUGGUUGUAUAUCUGUUUUUGUACACUACUAAACCAGGUGCGGCGGGCUCGGUGCCGACGUGAUUCAGCAAUGUCAGUAACAUUUUGUGUAGGAAAUCCAGCUCUAAGGGCAAAAUAAUUGACAAACCUAUCUCUUACUGUUACGACUUUGGUAAUGACAACAUUAUAACAAUAUAUAGUAAGUUGUACAGCACUUUAUUUUUGUCAGAAAUUCAUGUUAUUAACAAAAUACAAUACAGCAUUCUUAUGGAAUGUAUCACACUAUCCAGUCAACAUGUUCUCACUACAUAAAACAAAAUAUUUAUCACAUUACAAACAUAAUUAUUAGAAAAUGGUCAUGACUGAAUAAGCAUUGGCAAGUAUACACCAGACGUUUAUCAAGCAAAACUAUUUCUUUAAAAACAUGUUUUGAUACUCUUAGCUGUUACUGUAUGACAGUGGUCAAGUUACUUGCACUCAAUGUUUAUGUUUGUCAAAUUAACAAGGCAUACCAUGCAGAUAUCUUGGAUGCCUACCUUCUUUAGCACUUCAUCAACAUAAGUAUUCACAAAAAAUAAAAAUGUUUAAUAACAA